CCUGCCUCUCUUCCCCUUCACUCCCGCCUUCUCCUUAUUCAUACGAGAAGCGCCUCAGCUCUAAUUGGCCGAAGCGUGUUGUCGUCUCAGCCAAUCACAAGCCAGGCCGUGCUCCUACGUCACUGGGAGACCUGUGCGUGGGGAGACCGAGACUACGAUUGGUCCCUUCUCCGUCAGGUUUUAAUUUUGAAUUUUUCUUCAUGGCGAGGGCGAGGCCACUGCCUGGACUUCAUCUAAAUCCCCGGCUCUUAGACUAAAAUCAUGCUCAAGUUCAAGCAACAAAGAAGGAAGCGAAAAGUAAAAGCAAAAAGAUUAUUUAAAAAAAAAGAAUUCUCUCACUUUCAGUCCAAGCUAGUUACACCUCCCCCUCCACCAUCCUCAACAGAAAGAGUGGUUAUUUCUUCAACAAACACACCUCUUAUCAGAACCUGGCUAAGAUCAUCCUGGAAUUUCAAAUUUCCCAGUAUCAAAGAUGCAGUAAAACUUUGGACAAAUAGAGGACGGUUUAUAUACAACUGGUGCCAGAACUGCAUAGCCCAGAGCUUAGAAGUAUUGAAAAACACCAUCUUUCCUUCCCGUUUCUGCCACCAAGAACUUCAAAGUCUAAAACAACAGUUUUGCAUUUUGGAAAGUGAAUUAUGCAAGCUCCAGGAAGCACUGAAGACUAUCUCAGAAAAUUCUUCCUGUCCGAGCUGUGGUCAUCCCUGUUACAUGAAUGGUAAACUUACAAUAGUGCCUGCCUGUGCUGUAACCACCCCUGGAGAAUCCGGAGCUGUACUUCCUGCCACACUGCCAAAGCCAGCAGGCCAUCUUCCUCCUCCACCCCCACCUCCACCCCCUCCACCUCCGCCUCUGCCUCCCCCUCCACCACCCACAGCACCUUUGCUGCUCAGAAAAUCCAAUCUCACCAAAGCACUUCAGGCUGGACCAUUGAAAAAAGAUGGACCCAUGCAGAUAACAGUUAAAGAUCUAAUGACUGUGAAAUUAAAGAAAACCCAGAGUUUUGAUGAAAAGAAAAAGCUUGUUCCGUCACCAGAGGUACGGAACCCACGAGUUACCGUCUCUGACCUGCAGCGUGUUACCCUGAAGCCCAACUCCAACGUGUUCUCAACUCGAGUUACAAACGUCCUAAUUAAUCCUGGUAAAAGUCAGAUAGACCUGCGGAAACUACUUAGAAAAGUCGAUGUAGAGAGGAGCCCAGGUGGGACCCCUCUUACUAAUAAAGAAAAUAUGGAAACAGGAACUGGACUGACCCCAGUAAUGACUCGGGCCUUAAGGAGAAAGUUUCAACUGGCUCACCCUAGAAGCCCAACUCAAACUCUGCCACUUUCUACAAGCAACUAUGAUGAACAAAACUGAUGCCAACUCUGCCUGACUCCAUGUGAUCAUCCAUAAAAUAUCCAUAAAAUCACUCCACUCCUUCUUUAAAAAUGUAGUAUGUAUAAAUAAUUAUUCUAAUUUAUAAUUCCAUUUAAAGAAUUACAGUAUUAUGGAGCCCAUAUUUACUGUAGAUACUAGUAAAGUGGGUAUUUGGAUAUUUUCUGGUUUACAUGAUCAAUAAGAGAACAGAAUGGAAAAUACAAUCUCCAAAGUGAUGUUCAUCCUGGAAUUACCCAAUUUAGGUUGGAGAAGUUUUUUAAAUUUAGCUAGAUAACUAAUUUGUACUCUCUAGGUGCAUUUAUGACCUUAAGACAAUAACCUAGUUCCCAAUCAUCUUGGGUAUUCUCAGGUAAUUGAAAAGUAUUUCAGCUUUUAAAGCGCAUGCAUUCAUUAAGUGCUACAAACUUGAUCAAUAAGAAAGACCCUCUCGGUUUUAUUUAUGUUCAUUAUAAACAGUUAAGAGAUAAGAGCAUCCUACAUCCAAACCCACCUAUUUUCCAAAAGGUUUGAAAGCAAAAGGAACAAUGUGAUCUUAAAAAUUAGAAUAUAUCAUUUCUAGCCUCUUAGGUAGGGAGUCAUGUCUGGCUCACUGAAGUCUGAGAUAUUCAUUAUUUUGAUGUCUGCUGUCUACAUGCAUACAGCUAAAUAUAAAUUUCAUGAAGACUUCAGCCUGAACCUUGUAUUGUCCACAGUGCCCUAGCAAGGAUUCUUUGAGGUCCAUAGCAGGUUCACUAUAAGACCUGAUACCCUGUUGAUUCAAUAUCAAUAAUAAUGUACACCUAACUGGAUUUUUGUUCUUUCCUGCCAAUCCAGGUUUUCCAGAUUUAAUAAAUAUAAAUACAUGACACCAAUCAAAUUUGAAUUUCAGGUAAAUAACAAAUAACUUUUCAAUAUAAAUAUGUCCCAUUAAACAAUGAAUACUUUGUUUAGUAUAAUUAUGCCCCAAAUAUUGCAUGGGACAUAUGUAUACUAAAAAAAAAAAAAAAAGUCAGCUCUGGUUGGUGUACUCAGUGGUUAGAGCAUUGGCCUGAGCACCAAAGGAUCACGGGUCUAGGGUAUGUAUCUGGGUUGCAGGUUUGAUCCCCGGCCUCAGUCAGGAUGCAUGCAGGAGGCAACCCAUCGAUGUGUCUCUCUUACAUAGAUGUUUCUCUCUCUCUCCCCUUCCUUCCACUGUCUCUAAAAAUAUCCUGGGUGAGGACUAACAAAAAAAAUUCAUUGUUUACCUGAAAUUCAAAUUUAACUGGGCAUCCUUUAUUUUAUUUGGUGACCAAAGAGUCAGUCUCCUACAAAUUUGCCAGGUAUUUCUGGGAGGCCCCAGUUUGUCAGACACAUCUAUUUAACAGUGAUCACUAUUAUAGAUUUGUCAAGGAUCCCCAUUACUAAUGCUCUAAGUAUCAUGGAGGAAGGGAAACUCAUUAGUGUGAGUGUGACUGAACAUGCAGGACUGUCUUUAAUGCUGUAACCUCCACUGCAGCUCCAGAAAGGCGGCUAGUAGUUCUUCAUGGAUAGGGACCCAGGGGUUUCAGCUACAUAAAUGAUAUCCUUGAAAUAUUCCCUGGUUAGCUUAGGCUUAAAAGGUAUUUUAGCAUUUUCCAGAAAUGCUUGUAUUUCCACAGGUAAAUAUUGCUGUGAGGUGCCAAAUAGUGUUAUAAAAGUCACCAGACUGGAAAGCAGACCUGGGGAUACUGUUUUGUUUUUAUGAAAUCCACAUUUAUGUUUACAGCACAUUUAUAAAUAAAAAUUCAUCAAAUAUUAGUUAAGAAACGUAUGUGCUUCCAAUACAUUUUUUUAAACCUGCUAACUACAUUUGUAUUAUGUGUGAAUGAUCACUGAGAAUAAAGUAGUUGAGCAUUUGUACAAAAUAUUUUAUUAGGCACUCAUAAUGUUUCUAAUAUUAAUAAACCACUGUGUACUAUAUCGAUUUUAAAUUAUGUAAUCAUUCUUGUAGAAUACAGGUUUAUAAAAACAUGUUAUAGAAAUUCUAUAGAUAAAUAUUUGUAAAGCUGCUAUUGCCAUUAUACCAGUAUUAAAUUGUAUUCUAUGUUGCAUCAUUUAAAAUUUUUAUGGCAGAUUUUAUAUUGUACCCAUUUGAGAAUCCUGUAAAUGUUAUGGCUUCAUUAAACUGUUGCUGAUCAUAUGUUCCCAAUGUUUAUUUUGAGACUAAAUGACAACCAAAGAAUAUAAACUACUACCAUGGUACAUCUGGUUAUGUUUUUAAAUAAAGAGCAAUAAAAGAGCCUUUAGUUUUUC